UGGUCGUACUUGCAUAGUCAGUCGUGCGUGUUUGUCGUGGUGUGGAGCGGAGUGAUGGAUUGAAAUUAAUAAAAAAAUAUUGUAACUAUAUGAAUAUUCUAUUAUGCAAAUAUUGUGUAGGUACUGACUUUCUUUGCUGGCUUGCAGUAAUUGGUUUUAUCAAUAUUCAAUAUGAAAGAAAGGAAAAUGUCCGGUACUAGCACAAAUUCUGUUCCCACCAAUGAAUAUGCGGAAGCUUUUAGCUCUAUUAAUGAAAGACCCGUGGAUGAUAUUUCACUGGAGUUCUUCUACAAACCACAUACUAUUACUCUUCUGGCGGUUUCCAUCGCAGCUGUAAUCUACACAGCCUUUGUCAGAGAUGAAACCAGCACUCAAGACAAUAUCUGGGCUGGAAUUUGCUGUGUAGUAUUUUUUUUCCUUAUAGUAUCAGUACUAACAUUUCCUAAUGGUCCAUUUACAAGACCUCAUCCAGCAGUCUGGAGAAUUGUGUUUGGCACGUCGGUGUUAUACCUUCUUGCUUUACUAUUUUUAUUAUUUCAAAGCUAUUCUACAGUUUAUGAAAUAAUGUAUUGGAUGGAUCCCAAUCUUCGCAAUUUCCACAUUGAUAUGGAUAAGGAAUAUGCAGUAAACUGCUCUGAUUUCAGUGUGGCAAAAGUUUGGUCUCAUGUAGAUGUGUUUGCAUUUGCUCACUUUUUUGGAUGGAUGUUCAAAGCCUUACUCUUCAGACAUGCUGGUUUGUUGUGGGCUAUAUCAAUAAUGUGGGAAAUUACUGAAAUUGCAUUUGCACAUUUACUUCCAAACUUCUUAGAAUGUUGGUGGGAUUCAAUCAUUUUAGAUGUACUUGUAUGUAAUGGACUUGGAAUAUGGUGUGGACUUAAAAUAUGUAAAGCCUUGGAGAUGAGGGAAUACAAGUGGGUUAGCAUAAGGGAUAUCUCUUCCACAACUGGAAAGAUAAAGAGGGCCAUACUACAGUUCACACCAGAACAGUGGACCCCUGUAAGGUGGCUGGACCCCACAUGUACUUAUAUGAGGUUCUUCGCACUUAGCCAGCUUGUGGUGUUUUGGCAAUUAUCGGAAUUGAAUACAUUUUUCCUGAAACACAUAUUUGAAAUGCCACCAUCACAUCCUUUGGUAAUUGCACGUCUUUUGCUCAUAGGGGUUAUUGUGGCACCUUCUGUUAGACAGUAUUACAUUUAUGUAACAGAUCCUAAGUGUAAGAGAGUUGGCACUCAGUGCUGGGUGUAUGGAGCUAUAAUGGUGACAGAGUCAAUGUUGUGCAUUAAGAAUGGGAAAGAACUUUUCGGCCAAGCCCAAGUGUGCAACGUUAUCAUAUGGCUAGUCAUUCAAAUCCUAGUUUCAGUUGGUUGUGUGUAUGGUGUAGUUCUCUAUCAUCGUUAUUUUGAGCCAAAUCCGGAAUAUGCUGUAGAUAGUCCAAGAAAACGUGAUUGAAUUAUUGUGAUGUUAUAAAGUGAAGGCCUGAUCAACUUAAAAGUAUUUUGAAGGAUCGUGAAUUGUUGCACUUGGUCGGUAAUUUUUUUUUUACACUAAUAAUAUCAAAUAACGUGAUUGCGUCUUCCGAAAGCUAUAGUCGUACAGCUUGGUUGAAUUGAAUAUGCUACUGCCUAGCAAUUCUAUCUUCCUAAGUAAUGUUGCGGAUUGUAUCAACAAACAUGAUUGAUUAUAUACAUAUAUUAUACGAAAGUAGUAUUAGCGGCGUUAAACUGGAAAGGUUAGUUCCGAAAAUUAGACUUUUUACGUACGUACAUAAAUUGGCUUAUUUGAUCACUCCUUCAAACACGAUUACGAUAUAAUGUACCUAUCAACGGUGUCAAUUUUGGCCAUACCUACUAAAUUUUUAUUUUAAGUUACCUUUAACUGUUUUAUUUCUAAUCAUCCUAUAAGGAAAGGGACAGAUUGAUUGCUUUUAAUUUUAAACAUUAAUUUCCCGUGAAUCCACUAGAAUACGCGCCAUGGAUUCCCGCGCGGAUUUUAAUAGAGUCAAUUGACAAGGCAGAACAAUUGUAUACAGACACUGCGAUACUAGAGCUGUAGCCGCGAGACACCUGCAAACCCCAAAAAACUAAAAUAAAACUAAAGCUGGUGUCUGCUAUAAUUUAAGAUAAGCGCACUAUUUUUUCUAUAGGUACAGUCAUGAGCAAUAUAAUGUAUCCAAUUUAGGACUCUGUCGCACUAACAUAUUUGACAUUUAGUGAGACUUACAGUUUAAUUUGUCAAAAAAGUUAAUGUGAUAUGGUACCAAAGUGUAUGUACAUAUUAAUGCUCGUGACCGUACCUAUUAUUGGAAAGAUUCGAAACGAAAUAGAUAUGGACAGUGUGUUAUUUUAUUAGUGAAAAGUUGAUGGCGUAUUUCCUUAAAAUUAUGAUGCUUCUAUUACGUUUGUGUGAUGUGAAAUAGUUUACUUAAACCUACUAUCUUUUUAUGUACCUAAUUAAAUGAUAGAAACUCAUACUGUUUAAGGAAUGUACCAGUCAACUUAUUUAAAAAGAAACCGUCAUCUGCGGCAGACUUAACUCUCUAACUACUAGGUAUAUUUACAUUAUUUAUUUACUAAGCAUGUAGUUUUUAUAAUAUUUAGAUAAAAUAUGGUGUAAUCUGGCCGUGCCUACUUUGUUAAGUAGGUUAUAAAAUAAGAACAAGCGGAGGUUUGUCUGUUUAGAUAUUCCUGUAGGCUAGUUAUUAUUUUAAAUAAAACUAAAUUAUAAUCCACGAACGGGCGGAACGGGUCUACAAAAACAACACACUCUCUUAAAGAGCUUGGUUACCAUGGCUACUCCACAGCAACUCCCUCAAGAGCAUGGUUACCAUGGUUACGCCCCGUCGGUUUGCUAUUAGACUACACGAUCUGAUCGGCAAACGGGAGUUGGUGGGGAGUAACGAUGGUGACCUGUGACCUUGACACAUCUAGCCUGUCGGACAGGUAGGAUUAAUAAUCCCUUACGUUGUUGCUCCUGCAUAUAGUCAUACCAUACCAAAUACUAAUCUAUAGUUAAUUUUAAGUUAAGACAUAUUUAACAGGAGUAUUACCUAUAAUACUCCAUUAUUCGAUGGUUCUGUACGUAUGCUAAAUUAAUAAAAUUCAAGUGUUGCCGAAAACUAUUUGUCCUUCUAAAUACUCUGCACAACCCAUCGACCAGCAGAAAUAUAGCAAUACUAUCGGCUUAGUGGUUCAAAUUAUUGUAAAUGAUUCGUCCAUUAAAUUCAUUGUAAAUAAGCUAGUCCUCGACAUAUCACAGUCAUCUCGAUACAACUGUUGGACCUCAUUUCAAUCAUCUGUCCCGAAUAUUUAGCGUCCAGUAGUUUGGCAUUCCGUGUACAAAUAGAUUAGAUAUAUUUACAUAUGGCUGUGCAAUUCUGUUUAUUGCAUACAGAUUGAAAAUGAAUUGUUUUAUGUGGCAUAUUGUCAAAUCGUCAUUAGUCGGCUACACUUCUACAACAGCAAAACAAUUGUGGUAGUAGGGAAACAAUAUUUAUUAGUAUCGUAACGAAAACUUUGAGGGAUGAUUCAGACCAUGAUCCUGAGUUGAUAUCAAGUGAAAUGUCUUGUUCGAAAAUUGAUGAAAAUUGUAGUGUUUUCUUUAAAUACUUGCAUGGCUACCUGUACGUACCUGCUUGUACGGAGUGUAUGUGAUACCGUAACAGAGAGGGGGAUGAUGCAACUCAGUAUUCUGAGUUAAUAUCAAGUGGAGUUUUCCAUCAAAAAAGUAUAGAAUAUUUUCAUAAAAAAUCUAUAAGUUUUGCGACGGAAAAUUCCACUUGAUACUAACUCAGAAUCAUUGUCUGACUCACUCCCUCAGUAUUUGUUACGAUGUUACUAACAUCCAGUAUAACUAGUAAAAUCUCGUAUUGGUAAGCGUCGUGUUGAAAUAAAAAGUGAAGGUAUUAUAAUUUGUAUGCUUAAAGUCCAAAGUGAUCUUUUUUCUUUACAACGCUUAUUUUGCUAAUCACGUGUAAUGAAAUAAAUCAUAAACGUCUAGUUAAUUUGCCGGGUAGAUUAUAGAUUUACUAUGUUAUUUAUACUGGGUGUUAGUGACAUCGUAACGAAAACUUUGAGGGAUAAUUCAAACCAUGAUUCCAAAUUAAUAUCAAGUGGAAUCUGCGACGAAAACGCAAAAGUAUGGAACUGAAAAUAAUUUAAAAACACAAAAUUUUCAUGAAUUUUUCGACAGAAAAUUCCACUUGAUAUCAACUCAGAAUCAUGAUCUGAGUCAUCCCCUUCAGUAUUCGUUACGGUGUUACUAACACCCAUACGCACUCGUAUGGCUACCUGUACGUACUUUUACGGGGUGUAAGUGUAAGUCGAAUCGAAUACUGAGGAGGAUGAUUCAGCUCAUUAUUCUGAGUCACGUGUUUGUUACGUCUGUAGUUAAGAAAUGAUAAGUGAUAAGUAUAUAAAGUAUGAUCUUCAACAUACAAGUUACUCGGCAGUAACUUGUAUGCCUAUAUCGAAUGUGGUUACGUUUGUAAGUACAUAGGUAAUUCACAAGUAGGUACCUAUCACACAUUUUUCAUUACAGUUGUAAAAUAGACAAAUCCGUUUCGCUACAACGGGACACAGGAUUCCUCCACCACUGACUAACUAUCUCCGGCUUUAGACUAGAUAUUGAAAAACUGAUUUCAGAUUAAUCUUCAGCGUGUGCACGUGAGCAGAUUGAUGACAAUAAAAAACAAAACAUGGUGUCGAUUCUGGGACGCACAAACUUUAUUUAAAUUUGAUAGAACUAAAAUUAGCUCUAUCUCUUUUUUGCACUCAUAACAGUCAUAAUCCUAACAUAACUGAACGACGACAGCACAUAUUAUAUCAGAGCUGUUUUAAACGAAAAUUCGUUAAAAUAGUGUAUUAAUUCUAGGUUUCAUUUAGUCGGAACUAAUUAAAUCGAAGUGUGUAUAAUAAAUUAUAUGUCCUACCUACUUAAUUUAUGUGGGAUUUGGAGGAGUAAAAAUCCCUUGCAAAAACAAUUUAGCAAUUUUAAAAGCGCGUGAGUAAAAAUUAUAUUGUAGGUAUUUCUAAAAUAUUCUAAUGUAUUUGCUCAAAAAAUGUUUCUAUUACAGUGAAAUUGUAAAAAACACAGUUUUUUUUAAUGUUUUUACUGGAAAACCUAUUAAAAAUUGCACCGAUGUCCAUCUCAAUGAGCGUGGUCAUGCUGUCGGCGAUCAAAACCUUCUAAUUUUUGCUGUUUUGAACAGACAAGAUAUAUUAAAAACAGUUUCCGUUUUACUUAAAGCUUUCACAAAAUCUCGAUAAGAACUAAGUAGGUAAGUAAAUUGUAAAUGAAUAAUAAAUAAAAUAUAGAAAAUAUUAUAAUACAAUACUACAACACAUCUUUAUAUAAAUAUUACAUAAUUCUGAAAUAACGCCAUUUAUCAGAUUGUGUUUUUGAUUUAGCUAUAUGAAACGUUUAGGUGAGGAAAUAGUAAAUAAAUGCAACCACUGGGAAAAACGGUAAUUUUUGUUGUUAUGCAUCACAAAAUGUGUCUGUCGCUUGCGGAGUGCAUAAACAAAAACGCAUUUUUAUAAUAACUACCAAAAAUACAUUUACGUACCUACCAUUAUUCUUUAAUCGGUAUUACCUACUUACCUGCAAUGUGGGCUUUCCAGGCUACGUUCCCCAAAAAAAAAUAUAGGCGGCGCUGUACAGAGUUGCCUUCAUGAUAACAAACGUACAUAAUGCAUUUCUUAUCUUAGUUUUUGGGUAUAAAUGAUGACCUUGUUAUUACACUCGGGCACAUCACAUCUUCCACCCAUUAUUGUUCUGAUCAAAAUAAAGAGAAGCAAUGUAGGUAGCAACAUAAUUCUAUACAACAUCUGAUGCAAACAUCAAGCAACAAUUAUUUUUAUAUAAGUGGCCUGGAAAGUCCCUCAUUAACUUUACCUAUUUACUUACAUUUAAAGAACAGCGACAUAAAACCAAAAUAUAUUUUUAGUUAUUGGUCGAAUAUAACUAGGUAUGCUAAUGUUAAACAUUACCUGCUUGUUGAAUGUUUAGAUAGGUAUGAUUAUUUAUUAAUUGUUAUUUACAUUUAAAAAGAAAGUGUAAGUACCUUUUUGUUAUUUGCUCAUUAAGUACCUAUCUAUUUACUAUGUGGUAUUAUCAAUAAUGAGAAUAUAUAGUGUGGUUUGUUUUCUCAAAACUAUGUGGAAAGGUCUGACUGCAGUCCGCAUUGUUAGUUCUAGAACCGCUAAUGCUCCGCUUUUUUGUGAUCGGGAGUCUAUAAAGCCAUAUUGAAGAUAAAGAUAAUUUAUUUGCUUAAACUUGAAUCAAUUCAUCUAAAAAAAUAACAAUACCUAUUGUAAUUUGUCAAAUAGCAAUUAUGCUAUUUAUUAAAUUUUUAAAUUUUUAGAAGAAUUGCUUCAAUGUGGCGUUUUUAACCCCACAGGUCUUAUUCAGUAAGGAUGAUUGUAUGUAGUAAGAGCUGAGAGUCACGCAAUUUCAAAAAGCUGUUAGGUCAUAUUGUGUGUUCCACCGAUGCAUGUAUGAAUACAUAAUAUGUUAUUUACGAAAGCAAUGUACCUGCAACAUACUUGAAUAUUACCUCUAGUGAAAUUCGAUGUACCUCCAUGAAAUGGGAGAAAUUAUAAUAAUAAAGUGAGCCGCGGUUCUGACGGACAAUAUGGCGGAUGUAUGUUGAAAAUGGAUGUAUUAGCACACACCGAACUCUUCAUACAAGCAACCUUAUUUUCCAGACACUACAAAUUAACAUUAUCGUACACGGCCGACUGCGUGUGUGAUGUCUGAGGGCUGCCAAUUACAAUACCCAAUUUAACCGUUAUUAAUAGUAGGUAGUCCACCUAUUAGGUAGUAAGUACUACUUACGAAAGAAGCUUUUAUAACCAUCACUUAAUAUUUAUUUACCACACAAAUGACAAUCAAAAAAUUUGAAAAAUGAACGUUCAUAAUAAGUAUAAAUAAAUAGGCUUUACACUUAAAAAAAAUCUGUCCAGAAUUAACUAUAACUAACUAACGAUAAAUUACCUGUUUUCUCAUUACUCGGGUACAUAAUUAUUUAAAAAUAUAAUGUAAAAGCAGAAGCAAGAAGAAGAAGAAGUUUCUCUUUUGUUUUGUAUUUUGUUUUUUCCUGUUUGUGCAAUAAAGUAUUUGUUAUGUUAUGUUAAGCAUAUAUAAAAAUAAUUGUUGCUUGCUUCUCUUUAUUUUGAUCAGAAUAAUAAUGGGUGGAAGAUGUGCCUGGCUGUAAUAACAAAGGCAUCGUUUAUAUCCAAAAAUAAAGAUAAGCGGGCAAUGUACUGUGAGAUCAAAAAUAUUCGAAUCAAAAAGUCCCUCGGCGACCAAUUUUAACAUUCGAACAUGUAAACUAAACUGAUAAAAAAUAAAAUCAACGGUCCGCGCGUAGCCUUCAUGAUUCGUUCGAGGGUUGUGGUAAAGCCAGCUCAGACGCUGGUGGGGAGCGGAGAGUUGCCAUUCUCCUUAUACGUAGUUAUUAUUCCUUAUUCUAUGGUAAUGUAGGUACGGUUAUGUGAUAUUUACCAAAGGAUUGUACUUACAGUGUACCUAAUAAAAUAUAAUCGAAAUCAAAAUACGACUAGUAAUUUAAUUACCAGGAAAUCAACAAAACAAAUUUAUUGUAAGGGCGCUUUUACAUUAACGAUUUUUGUCGGCUCACUUCAUUAUUAAUUUCUCCCGUUUUAUGGAGGUACAUUGAAUUUCAAUUGAGGAACAUUACAUCACAACGUACUGACGUUGCAGGCGCAUUGCUAUCUUAUAUAACAUAUUCAUAUUUGCAAUAGUACACCGACCAUUCUGACCCACACGUUAUAUUUUCUCUCACGAAGGUGUGACAUCUUGACUUUAUUGUUUCCUUUUAUUUAUUUAUUGUUAUGUAUGUGGAUGUUUAGUGACAUUAAAUAAAAACAUGUGAUCAGAU